CAAAUGCCAACAUGAGGGCUUGCGAUUGUAUCACAGAGCCUCCGUUAUUUGAUCUACCCCCACCGCCGGAUCCUUCAUUGAUUUGGCAUUUAAUAUCAGAUGAAAAAUUUGAGCCGGCUGAACAAUGUUCAUCAAAUCAAUUUGUGAGCAUAUCGGAUAUUGGAACCAUCUACGACUCAGAGGAUACUCAACAACUUGCCGCCAAUAUUUUGAUUGCCGUUGCUGCUCUUUCAGUUUUAUUACUCUUUUUCGUUUGUGUCGCAGUAAUUGGCCGCAUCCGGAGGAGACGACGCCUGAACUCGGACGCAUCUAAGAAAAUGUCAAGUGAUUCGAUUUUGACUGCUGGGGAGCAUUUAUGGACGUAUAACUCUAUGAAGCAACCAAUAAACGGUGGACCACCAGCAGUGCUAAUGUACUCGAAUCAGUCAAAUGCUGGAAGUCGACUAUUCCAUCAUACGCCAACUACAAUGAGAUCAUAUGUAGUUGGUUCAGGAACUCCGAUAAUGGGAUCACAACAUAUACCAAUUCGACAUUCCGAAUCUACAACGUUACGAUUGAAUCCAGGAGAUGGAUGUUCAGCAUAUCAUACAGUUUCUGUUAGCAGGCAGAAUGGAUGUCCACCAUCUGAAGUUUACGAAGAGAUUGCACCUAUUGGUACAAUGGGACAUGUUGGAUAUAUGACAACGCGACCAAAUAUGGGCAAUAUGACUCCAAUGAAUAAUAUGAAUAAUCGAAUGUCACUUCGAAAACCUCCACCAACAUGCCGUCCACCUCAACCUCCACAAAGUCCUGUACCAAGUGAUGGAAGUUAUGAAAUUACUCGAAUAACUGGAACAUCAUCUGAUUCUCCACGUGAUCGACAAUGGAAUGAAGAUGGCAGAGAAAGUGGUUAUGGUACAGCUCCAAGUUUACAAUGGAAGAGCCCAUCUGGAAGUGCUCGUUUAGAAGCUGAAGCUGCUGCUCGGGCUAUGACCUACGUGUAAUAUUAUUUCACUUUUAUGCCAAUUUCUUACUGUUUUUGUACUGGUGGUUUUUAGUUUUUAAUUCUACUUCAAAAGUUACGGGUUUAUAUGUUUCCGAUGGACCAAAGAUCCUUGUCUUUCAUGUUUCUAGUCAUUUAAAUUUAUUUUGUAUGUAAAUAAAUCGAUUUAAUUUU